CCGUCGGCCGACUCUGCAGGCAAAAAGCGCGCGCCCCCGCCCUCGCUCCCGCCAAUGCUCUCCGCCGUCCGCUCUUCGGCGGCCCUCGCCCGCAUGGCGCCCCUUCGCCUGUCGGCGCAGGCGGCCGCCGCCGCUGCCGGCCCCCGCCUCGGCGCGGUGUCCGCCCUUGCUGUCGGUCCGACCCCAUCGACCCCGGCCGUGGACGCCAUGCCGGCCCGCCAGUUCUCGCUCCUCGCGGCCGGUCGCGGCUUCGCUGCCCCGCUCGGGCAGAUGGCCGUCGGCUCGGCCGCCCGCCAGCCGGCGUCCGUCAUGGCUGGCCUGCUGGGCCAGCAGCCUCAUCCCCUGGCUCUGGUCGGGCCUGCUGCCGGUCCGAUGAUGGUGUCCCGUGGUCUGAUGAUGCCCCGCCGGUCGAAGUUCCGCAAGCGCUUCAAGGGCCGUGUCUAUGGUCGUGCCUCUCGUGGUCACUAUGUUGCCUUCGGUAAGUAUGGCCUGCAAGUGCAGCAUCCGGUGCGCCUGACUGCCGCGCAGAUUGAGUCCGCUCGUCGUGCUAUCACUCGCCGUCUGAAGCGUGUUGGCCGCAUGUGGAUUCGCAUCUUCCCCGACAUCCAGGUGUCCAAGAAGCCGGCCGAAGUGCGCAUGGGCUCCGGCAAGGGUUCCGUCGAUCACUGGGUCGUGCGUCUGAAGGCCAACCGUGUCAUCUUCGAGUUGGAUCAGGUCCCGGAGCCGCUGGCCCGCGCGGCCUUCCGCCUGGCCGCCAGCAAGCUGCCGAUCCCCUGUAAGUUUGUCCUCAAUCCGAAGCUCGUCCGCGGGCCGCCUCCGACUGCCCCGGCUGCCGAGGCUGACGCCGGUGCCCCGGCCGCCGACGGCACUGGGACCACCCCGCCCUCGGCCCCGGCCGCUUAAGGCCUCCUCCCUCUCCCCCUGUGCUGUGCCCUCGCGUGUGGCUCCAAUCCCGUUCGACUCUCGAUGCAUCGCUGGCACCUGGGGCCCGCUUCGUGCUGCUCCUUCCCAUCUUCCUCCCUCCCCCCCCCCUUCACAUCGGCCCUUCUCCUCUUCCCCGCUCGUCGCCCACCCACCCGCUCCUCCACUCGCAGGACUGCCCUGUCGGCGUGCGCAUGCAGGGCGCCCCUUUGCCCCCAUUCCUCCUCGCCGUCCCCUCAAUCUCCGGAACAUGCACACAUAUAGAGUCAUGCCCCUCGCGCUGGGAGGCGGGGGGAAAGAGCAUGGCCUGCUGAGACAGCAGGGCCGGGCCCAGGUCUGUCGAUGUGUGCGUGGUCGUGCACAUCCAUCCACGCGCGUGGCACGAAACCCGAGGAAGCCGAGCGUCCUCCCUCCCCCCCUCUGGGUCGGUCCCCGUACUCCUGUAGGGUGUGCCCGGUUUUGCCCCUCCCGACUGCUUUUUCCGCACGGCGCCCCGACACUGGCGCGUGCUCCCCCUCCCUCCUUGUCUUUGUUGUCCUUCCCACCCGUAUUCUCCUUCGAGGAGAAGUCCCCUCAUCUCGGCCUUCUCGCGCAAUCCCCCCCCCCCCUCCUUCCCCCCUUCUCCCUCGCCUAUGGCGCACGCGUGUGCAUCACCCAACACACAUGCACGGCAAUGUGCCUGCACAUAGAAGCCUCGGGCUUUCCCGCCCGUCAAAAAUAAACCCUGUAAAGUUACC